GUGUGCUCGCGCGCCGGGGCCCCGUGACGUUCGAGGCCCGAAGAGCCCGAGGACCCCGAGGAGGUCACGGCGGGUGGGUGGUCCCUGUCAGUGUUGCGGUGACGGUGUGCUUUUGGCUGAAGCCGGCAGUCAAAGGUUGUGCGUGAAUGAGGUCGUGGGGAAGUGGUUGGAUUCAGCAGUUACGUUGAAAUGUAUUUAGGAUCAGGGUAAAUAGCUCAAAUCCUUAGGAAUCGGUGUCUGGACUUACCUCGGCACCAUCACAAGUUGAAAGGUGCCCUCCACGGUCUGGAGCUGUAAGGUGCUAGUAGCUGAUACACUCAUUCAAAAUGUUUCACUUCAUGAAAAAGGACAAAGAUGAUAAGAAAAAGGACAAAGACAAAGACAAGGACAAGAAAAAGGACAAGAAGGAGCGCCGGAUCACGCUGGAGGAGCUGCGGAGACUGGAGGAGGCACGCCGCAGUCUGGUCGGCAAGACCAAGAAGAAGGAAAAGCUGCCCAGCGGGAUCACAGCCGACUACCUGGAGAGUUUCACGCAGGCAGAGCGUGAGGCGCUGGCCAGUCGCGGCGCAGUCAGUGUGCUGGCUGGCAGCAGCAGCGCCACCGAUGCCGGGGUGCCGCCGCGGCCUCCCAAGCGUGGCAGCGGCUCGGUGGUGUCACUGAAGGGCAGUCUGCAGGACUAUCAGCUGGUAGCGGACAACAUCGAGACGCCAGCCGGCACGACGGAGAGCACUGUCCGUAACGAGGUGCUCAACUACGAGCGCCUGCUGCAGCGGCGGGCCAGCGGCGCGGCCGGACCAUCGGCACCCCCGCCGCUGCCCAACCGACCGCCGCCAGCAGCGUCGCCCUCCCAGUCGACCCACUCGACGCCGUCCAGCUCCUCCGUGCAGCGGCUGGCGCGGCAGUUCGACACGCCUCGCCGCAGCCCGACCCUGUCCCCCAGCGGCUCUGUGCGGUCCUCCGCCAGCUCCGCCACCACGCUGUCGGAGCCGCGCGCCGGGGAGGCGUCCGGGGGCCGCGCGCCGCACCGCUUCCCCGGCCACGAGCUGCGGCUGCCGGCCCUGGCCGCCGCGCCGCCGCCUCCCGCCCGCAUCCUGCGCGUGGCGCGUCAGCCUGGUGGUGACUUUGGGUUCGCGCUGCGGCGCUCCAUCGUGCUGGAGCGCACGGCGCGUGGCGAGAGCCGAAAGACGGUGAUAUUUGCGGAGCCGGGCCGCAGCAGCACUGGCGAACCGGGCGGUACGGGCCUGCUGCCCGGGGACCGGCUGGUGGAGGUGAACGGAGUGAACGUGGAGGACGCCGACCGGGAGAAGGUGGUGGCGCUCAUCAGGUCAUCGGCAGACACCGUCGUCCUCAAGGUCCAGCCUAUCCCCGAGGUCUCAGAGCUCUCGCAGCGCCGCGCUGUGGACGGGUCUCACCUGGCCGUACCUGAGGACGGCCUCAAUGCAAUACGGAGAGACGGCACCCUCCGGCGCACCGGCAGCCUCAGGUUCUCCAACAAGGCGAAAACUGAGGACCAGCUGGCCUCUGAGAAGGCUUGGCUGGACGCCGAACAAGUGUGGCUGGUCCACAAGGAUGGAUUCUCAGCCGCUCGUCUGCUGCGGACCCCGGCCGGCGCGGGGGCGGAGACGGACCCGCCGGCGUCCGGCCGGGUCCGGAUCCGCCUCCAGGAUACCGGGGAAACCAUCGAGGUCGACGAGGAUGAUAUCGAAAAGGCCAACCCGCCGCAGUUUGACCAGUGCGAAGAACUCUCCCAGCUGCGACACCUCAACGAGUCCUCCGUACUGCACACGCUACGGCAGCGCUACGGCGGCAACCUGAUCCACACGGCGGCCGGGGCCAGCACCGUCGUCAUCAACCCCAUGUCCAGCCUGGCCAUCUACUCGGACAAGGUGAUUCAGAUGUUCCGCGGCUGUAAACCGGACGACAUGCCACCGCACAUCUACAGCACGGCCCAGACGGCGUACCGGGCCCUGCUCUCUCAGCGGCAGGAUCAGAGCGUGGUGCUUCUGGGACGCAGCGGUAGCGGUAAAACCACCAACGCCAGACACCUGAUCAACUACCUGGUGACGGCGUCCACGGCGGCGGCGCCGCCCAACGCCAACCGGGCCGUCACAGUGGAGAAGCUGGCGGCGGCGUGGGCCCUGCUGGAGGCGUUCGGCAACUGCAGGACGGUGCUGAACACCAACGCCACCCGCUUCACCUCCGUGUUCAGCCUCGACUUUGACCAGUCCGGCCAGGCCGCCUCCGGAUCCAUACAGGUUCUGAUGCUGGAGCGGGACCGGGUGGUGCGCCGGCCCGAGGGCGAACCCUCGUUCCACGUGUUCUACCAGCUGCUGGCCGGCGCCGACCCAGCGCUGCGGCAGCGACUUCAGCUGGACGACGGAGCUGCCACCGGAGGCGACGGCGUCGGAUUCGUCACGCCGCUCCAGAGGGUGGAGGACCGUCAGCGGGCGGCGGCCGCCUGGGCCCGUCUGCUGCAGGCCGCCGCCACACUGUCUGUUCAGCCGGCGGAGACCGACGCCAUCUGGUCCGUACUGGCGGCCAUCGUACACCUGGGCGUCGCCGGAGUCAGCAAGGGUCCGUCAGACAAGUACCAGUUCGCCGACCCGGCUGCGGCGCGCCGGGCCGCCGCCCUGCUCGGUGUCAGACUAGAGGACCUUGCGCGCGCCAUUUUCGCCUCCCAGUCGAGUGGUGCGGCGACUCUGGCGCGCUCCGCCUACCGCACGCCGCCGCGCGCCCAGGAGGCCACCCAGGACCUGCAGGGCCGGGAGGCGCUCGAAGCGUUUGUGGCGGGUCUCUAUGGUGACCUAGUCGGCGUGCUGGUGUCGCUCAUCAACAGGGCCAUCUCAAGUCCGGCGCACACCAUCAACUCAGUGGUGGUGGUGGACGCGCCCGGUCUGCAGAACCCCAGCUCCUGCGGCCGGCCGGGCGGCGCCACCUUCGACGAGUUCUGCUUCAACUACGCCCAGGAGCGGCUGCAGCUGCUCUUCCACGAGCAGACCUUCAUCCACGAGCGCGACAGAUACGCACAGGAGAACAUCGCUCUGAACAUGUCGGAGCUGGAGGGGGACGUCUCGACGCCCGCGCCGCUGGUGCACACCCUGGACCGGUCACCGGCGACUCGGCUGGUGCGCUCCUCACAGACGGAGCUGCGGAACGGCGACCGGCGCGGCCUGCUCUGGCUUCUGGAUGAGGAGGCCCUGCAGCCGACUCCGUCUGACGCGGGGUUCCUCCAGAACGCGCUCGAUAUGUACAGCUCGCGAGCCGACCAGCAGGUGCUGACCCGGGGCCCGGCGGAGGGCCACCUGGUCCUACAGCACUUCCAGGGCACCAACCCGGUGUCGUACAACGUGCACGGCUGGGUGCGCGCCGCCCGGGAGACGGCUGCCUCGCGCGCCGCCGCCACCAUGCUGCACGAGUCCACCAAGGAGUCCCUGAGCCGUCUGUUCGUGUCGGCCCGCGGCGCCGGACUCGGUCCAGCCGUCUCCGGCGGCUCCGUGGUCGGCAUUGACGGCUCCCUGUCACUACGACGCGCCUCCAGUAUCAGACGCACCUUCACCUCCGGAGCGGCGGGCAUUAAGAGGAACAGCCGCGCGCUGCUCGUCAAGUUCCAGCUGGACGGUGUGGUGGAGCAGCUGCGCCGCACCCGGGCCCGGUUCGUCCACUGCCUGCUACCGCAGCACACAGCCGGCCUGUGUGAGCUGCGGCCCGCCACCGCCAACACCACGGCGCCCUCGGCGGGCCAGAAGACGGCCAGUCCGGAGGAGAUCAUCAUCAACGUGCCGCUCCUGCGGUCUCAGCUGCGCGGCGCCCAGCUGUUGGACGCCCUGCGGCUCCACAAGCAGGGCUACCCCGAGCACAUGCCGUUCGCCGAGUUCCGACGGAGGUUCGCGCUCCUGGCGCCAGAUGUCACUGUCGACGAGGGCAGCACGGCGGGUGGAGACGAGCGGGCGGCCGUCGAUCAGCUGAUGUUACAACUGGAUGUGGACCCCGCGUCGUACCGGCUCGGACUCAGCCAGAUUUUCUUCCGUUCGAGCGCACUUCCUCAACUGGAAGAGCGGCGAGACGAGCGGCUCCAGGACAAGAUCGUGCGAUUCCAGGCGCGCUGUCGAGGCCUGCUCGCUAGAAGACAGUUCGCUAGACGAAAAGUCCAGGACGUGGCCAUCCGGUGUAUCCAGAAGAAUGUGCGCAAGUACGUGGGUGUGCGCGACUGGCCGUGGUGGCGACUGCUGGUGCGCGUCACCCCGCUACUGGAUGUGCACAGGACAGAGCAGCAGCUGCAGUCCGCCACGGAGGAGCUGGCUACUCUCCGGGAGAGGGUGGAGAAGCUGGAGAAGGAAAACACCGUCUACAAACAUGAGAACGACAAGCUGGAGAGCAAGCUGGGUGAGGUGACGGCCGACCUGGCUGAGGAGCACCAUACCGCCACUCUGGCCACCGAACGGCUCGAGGCAGAGCAGGCAGAGCGGAUGCGACUCGAGUCCGAUCUGCAGUCGACUCAGAGUGAGUUCAAGAAGACGAGUGCGCUGAACGAGCGUCUGGAGAAGGAGCUGCUGUACCGGCGCGCCUCUGCCGAGCUGUCGGCCAUCGGUUCUGACGGCUCCGACGGCUCCGACGAGCUGGGCUCGGCCACCGCCUACCAGCGCAAGUACGAGUACACGGCCCGAGAGCUGGCCUACACCAAGCAGCGGCUCGAGCAGCAGCACGAGGACGACGUCGAACAGAUGAUGGUCCUCAAGAAACAGCUCGACAAAAAGGUGGAGGCCGCCUAUGAGGAGGUGGAGGAACAGCGGCAGGUGGUGGCGCAGCAGAAGCGCAAAGUGGCGCGCCUGACGGGCGAGGCCAAUGACCUGCGGAUCCACCUAGAGGAGCAGACCAGCCGCAACACCGUGCUGGAGAAGAAGCAGAGAAAGUUCGACAUCGACAUGCACGCACUGCAGGAGGAUCUGCGCCGUGAAAAGCAGCAGCGGGAGGUGGCAGUGCGGCAGGUGGACCAGCUCCAGCGCGAAAAGUGCUCACUCGAGAACGAUGUGGCGGCGAUGCGCCUGGAGCUGGAGAUGCAGGAGGAGAAGGUGUCGGCGCUGCGCCGCGAGCUGGACGAGAUGGGCGUCUCGGGCGGCUCCGAGGACGAGGUAGCCGCCCUGCGCCGCUCCAGACUCGAACUCCAGCACAAGUGUCAGGAGCAGGAGGAGGAGCUGGACGACAUGGCCGGCCAGCUCAGUCUGCUGGAACAGGCCAAACUCAGACUGGAGAUGAGCCUGGAACAGAUGCGCAAGGAGCACCGCCGCGAGGUGGCCCAGAAGGAUGAUGAGGUCGAGGAGGUGCGAGCCAACGCCAGCAAAAAGCUCAAAGCGCUGGAGGCUCAGCUGGAGACCGAACACGAGGAGCGCACCGCGCUGGUCCGCGAAAAACACGAGCUCGAGCGGCGCAUCAUCAUGCUGAACGAGAGCACCAUCAGCCAGGACGACCAGGAGGCCAUUCUGAAGCUGAAGCGGGACCUGAAGCGGACGCGUGCGCUGCUCAAAGACACCCAGUCACAGCUGGAGAAGGCGCGGUCAGAGGCGUCCAGCAAGGUCCAGAUCAGACAGCUCAAGAAUCAGCUGGAGGACGCCGAGUUCGCACGUAACGCGGCGGUGAAGGCGCGCCAGUCGCUGUCCCAGGAGCUGCAGGAGACGCAGGCUCUGCUGGAGGAGGCGCAGCGGGCGCGGACCGACACAGAGACGCGCUACCUGACGGCCAGCCGCGAGCUGCACCAGCUGCAGGCGCAGGUCGACGACCAGGAGGAGGAGACACAGGAGGUGAUGAAGAAGUACAAGGCUGCCGUGGCUCAGCUGUCUGUCGACCAGCUGACCCUCCAGGACCAGGCCAGCCAGCUCACCCAACUGGAGGCGGAACGCGCCGCCCUGCGCGAGCAGCUGGCCGAACAGGCCACCCGGCUGGACGCGCUGCAGGGCGAGACGGCCUCGGCGCACGACCAGCGCCGCCUGGAGCUGCGCGUGCGCGAGCUCGAGAGCCGCUGCGAGUUUGAGCAGACCACCAAACUGCGCCUGGAGACGCAGGCGGCCAGACUCAAGGAGGCUAUUGAGAAAGCGGGCAAUGAGGCGGAGCAGGCCCGUCAGCGGGAGCAGCAGUCGGCCGACCAGCUGCGCAAACUGCAGAGACAGCUGCGUGAGAGCAAAGACCAGCUGUCUGAGGCCGAGAGGAAAGAGUCGGACGCUGUCCUGCAGGCGCGCAGUCUGGCCAAGGAGCUGGAAAUUUCCGAGGGCGAAGUCAGCCAGGCCCGAGCCGACCUCAAACUCGCCUUCAAACGCAUCUCCGACCUGCAAAACGCAAUGCAGUGUGAGCUGGAGUCUGAGCCGAGUGACUCGGACGCCGGCUCUGACUCGGACGAGGACCUGGACAGUUUUCUGUCGGCGCACAUGGCGACGGGCGCGGGCGGCGGCCGGAGGACCUCCGCGGCGGCCUCCGGUCAGCCGCUGAGCAUCCUCACCGACGGCAGGUCGGCCGGCUCCGAGUCGACGCCGCUGUCGCCGCUCUCCCUCACCUCUGACCCGGAGCUGAGGCCGCGACAGAACGGAGCGCUCGAGUCGGACGCGUGAUGCGCCACCGGCCGACCCCGCCCCGGGUCCACAUACCGUGAUAGGUGGCGCCGCCGCCGCGCGUCCCGGGCCGACCGACGGCUGUGAGCCGCCCCGUGCCGCCCCCGCCCCCGCCCGCGCCCGCCGCCGGCGACAGAGCGCGUGUUUGGCUCCUGUGCGAGUGUCCGCCGCAGCGUCACACACUAACACAGCCCAAUAGUGUGUUGCCCCGCACUUAUGUCCUUGAUUCUCAGGCACCUCCCGCUCCCCGCCCACUCCACCGCCCCCGCCCCCGCCCCCGCCGAUGCUGCCACAAUCAUCGAUCGCUGCGGCUUCCCGCUGGCCGAUCGGUAGUGCUUCCGACCCCACUAUUUAUUGUUAGCCCGUUAGUAUUCCUGUGGCGUAGCCGAAUCCCCAUGUGUUGCGCCUCCGCGCCUCCACCAGCCGCUGCAUAAUCAAAAUUCAGGUGUUCUCAAGGAGAUAUAGUGGCUUGCCAAAGGCUUGUGCAGAGGCCACGGGCUGCGCGGCACGUUUUCUCUCCUCUUUUUGGAUCAAAGAGUCGAGAUCGAGAACGAGAGUGCUUGUUGCUGAUACCACUGAUUGCGCUUGCGCUUUUCGACGAAUGGAUUGUGUUGAUUUGUGGUGCGAGUUGAUUGCUUGCGCCGGUGUGUGCAUUGUAUACAUAUGUGGAUGUAUUACCAAUCGUAACGCAUUGUGGAUGUUUACAGUUAUGACUGUAUAUCAUUGAGUGAAGUGAAUAUUAUAAUGAUGAUUUAUGACAUGAAAAUAUAUACCUGAUUCGU